AUUCUCGCUUAGCUCGCUGCACCGUUUAUCAGCUCUAAAAUCCCAUCAGUCAUUAAGCGCCUUUUCAAGUGCCUCGUUGGAAGCUCCCGUUCAGUUUCCGAGCCUCCGGACCAAUCUGAUUUUUCAGUGCUCCACCAAUAACCCCUCCCCCGGAUUUUCGACACCCCUCAUUUCCGCGUUUCGCCCUCUAUGAUUACCUUGUGGGGGCUGUACUACCUCGUAGGUCAUUACAUCCUCCGGGACAACCUGGUCAUAGACCUCACGCCGGAAAGAGCCGUCUACAUCUACCACUUGAUGCUGAACAUUUUUCAGGACGUUCAGAAGUUUUUCCGCCGGGUUUUCACGGUUUAAGCACCUGCCGCGCACCACUUCUCCGAUCCCGAAGUCUGUAUCCAGUCACGUAUUUGCGUUUAAGCUGAGGCCUCGGAUCAGUAGUUUUUGGCCGCCGGGACGUCCCUGGGCGUUUGGACGAGUCAAGAUGUGAGAUUUUUGAGCUUUAUCGAAUUUCAGAAUGAGGGUGGAGCGAGGGGUGAAGUUCACGGAUCACCCGGAUACGAACGGGCCUCCAGCGAGCGCGGUGGUCUGUAACUGAAAGUCCGCACGGCUAAUACAAUGAUCCUUGGUGUCAUUGAAGUAUAUAGUGCGGUUUUCUUAGUGCUCCUAGUACCCUCGAAUGAUUGCUAUUAUUUUAGUAUGGACCAGUACCAAACGGAAUGCCCGGUUCAGAAUGGAUCUCAAGAUUUGCGGAGUUACUUGACACAAAUCCCUGAAUGUAACCCGGCUUUAGAAGAAUUCUGCCGCGAUCUCAAAGAGAGAAUAGAGUCCUCCGGUUCAACGGCACCGUCCUUGGCAGGUGACGCGUUGACGCCCCAUUCCGUUCGUCUGAGAUGGGAAGGAAAGAAAAUGUUCAACGUCACGUACACAGUCCAGUGGAAGUACGAAGAGAUGGAUGCAACUUGGCAAUUCUGCAAAAACCAGUCUUGGGUUCACGAAAAUGAUAUCCUAAUCCACGGGUUACAACCCUACACCAGAUACCGGUUCCGAGUGAUGCUGGUCCUGGAGCAGUGCAACGGGGCGCCGUACAGCGUGGGGUCGGCCCCGAGCCUCGUGAUCGGGACCAUGGCCGCCGGAGUCCCUUCAUCACCGCCGAUCAUCGUCAGCGCCAUCGCCAACGAUGCCACCAACAUCUCCGUCUCCUGGCAGCCUGGCCUCUUUCCAAACGCCCCCCUCCUCUCGUACGCCCUCGAGAUCAACCAACUCCCCGCUGGAUACACCGCCGUCAAGGACAUCCCGGCAGGUCAAAAUAAUACGUAUUGUACCUUUGAAAAUUUAACUCCAUCGCGUAAUUAUUCAGUGUCCAUCGCCAUGAGAAAUAUGUUUGGAAAAGGACCAUCUGCAACAAUCAUUGUAUGCACUCCAGCGGCUUCAAGUGAUGCCGGAGGAUCAGAUGUACCCACUCUAAUCCUUGCCUCUUAUCAUACUGUUGAAAAAAGUCUGCAUGGUGCAAAGGAUAUGUUCGAAAAUUUAGAAGUUUUAUUCAAGACUGAAAACAUCAUCAAAGGAGUAGGAAUUCAUGUGCAUCGAGAACUAUUGUUUGUGUCUGAUUCGUCAGGAAAAAUUUUUAUGAGCUCAUCUAGUCACUCUGCCGACCCUGUAGAAAUCUUCUCUCCAGGCUCGUCUCGUCCAUUAGAUUUAAGUGUUGACUGGUUAAAUAACCACCUGUACAUUCUCCAAAAUCUUAGUAUCAAUUCUAGCUCAUCAUCCUAUCAAAUUAUCCAGAGCUCCUUGGAUGGCUCUAAUCAAACGGUCGCUGUCUCAGGACUCUCCAUAAAACCGGAUCAUAUUGAAGUCGAUCCUUACAAUGGAUAUUUAUUCUGGGCUGUCAAAGGAAUUGGCGUCUUCCGUCUUGACUUGGCAGAUAUUGGGAUGAAUCCCAGUGAAACUUUUGAGCCAACAAAAAUCUACGAGAAUCCAAAUCUAGGAGUAUUUAUAGUUGAUUACACCAAUUUCCAGCUAAUUGCCCCUGUUCAUAAUGACAAUACUGUGAUAUCAAUCUCUUUUGACGGAAAAGGAGUGAGUGACCUGCGCAAGAAUACUCAAAGACCACAAUUCCAAGACGUAAAAUCUUUGGCAAUGGCUAAUGAUUUGUUUUACUGGACCAACGGAGAAAAUAUCCUAACAGAGGAAUAUCAUCCUGGUUUGAAAAGUUUCUUCCACAACGGUUUUCAGGAGUUCUUGAAAAAUUUCCCUCUUGUAGCAAUUAUGGUGAAUCUUCCAUCCUCUCAACCAGUCCCAGUUCCCGUAAAUGCCCCAGAAUGUGUUCAAGCUAUUAUGAGUUCAACGUUUGCCAAAGUGUCUUGGCAGCCUCCUCGUCGUCUAAGCAACCAAGGAAGAGGAGCUUGGCAAGGAUGGUCUUACAAACUGUGCGUGAAACAUAAAAACAACAUCCUCAAAAUCUGGAAUGUCAGUGUGUCAAAGCAUAUUAUCACAAGUUUACUUCCAGGAACGGAAUACAGUAUCAAAGUUGCAGCUGUAACAUCAUCCGGUCAAGGACCAUGGUCAGAGGAAUUCAAAGGGCAGACAAUGACCAGAUCUGCCUCUAUACUUUGGUCCACUACUCACGGAUUACUUUCUUCUGAUGUUACUGGUGACAAUGUGACAACAUUGAUCACUAAAGACAGUUUAAAAGAAGGGUAUGAAAAUUACCGUGUAAAUGACAUAGCGUGGAUCAAAGACAAGCUCUUCUUGGUAUCAAAUACUAGUCAUAUUCAUUGGUUUAAUGUAACUGACAAGACCAGUGGGAAGUUAAAAGGCAUCGAUUCUGUAGGCAGCAUUUCAAUAGACUGGAUUGCCAAUCGGCUCUACUGGUCUAAUCCCAAACAGCAAAUGUUGACACGUGGUAAUUUGGAUGGAAGCGAGCCAGAGAUAUUACCUGUUCUUACAGUUGCCAAAGAGCUAAACGUAGAUUCUGUCGGUGGUUACUUGUACUGGUCAACAGGUCAUGCAGUGGAGAUAGCCCACUUGAAUGGCCGCAAAAAACGCUCCCUUUACCCGUCUGAACCAUUUUCGGGUAGGAGAGUCAUUGGACUGACUCUAGACAUGGAAGAUCGCUCAGUUUAUUGGAUUGUGCGCAGCUAUGAAGGAUCUUCUCUUUUCAAGGCAUUCAUGGCAGAUCCAACACUGAAUGAUCAAAUCAGUCCUAUUCAUGUCAUAACUUUAGAAUCUUCAAAUUUACAAGAUGGCUUGCUAGGUUUGUUCAUAAAAGUUUUAAUGGGAGAAAUUUUUGUCCAGUUAGGUGAACAAUCAGACUUCGAUUUUUCAUCAGAAAACGCUGGGCCACUGAGGUAUUUAGACGGACAUUUAUUAUGGCUUCAAGACUCCAACACUACUGUAAUUGGAGACAAAAAGUGCAAAAAUACAGCUGUAAUAUCAGAAGGCGCCCUCUCAAAUCUCAACACUGUUCAUGUGUUUGACCCCAACGUUCAUACUAUUCCAGCUGGUUUCACUCUAGAUUCCAUCAAAGUUGUACCGGACUCAGUGGAUAAUACUUCUAUCCGAGUGGAUGGAACCUUCAAAUUGUUUAACAUAACCUGGAAUCCUGUCGUCAAUAUCAAUUUUGGAGAAUUAUUUUAUGAGAUCAAAAUCAAGGAUCAAGACAAAGAUUUUGAGAGCGAAUUAACCAGUCCAUGUUUGGCGUAUGAGGGAGUACGUCCGUACACGCCCUUAAAAAUUAGCAUUCGUGCUUUUACGUAUUGGGCCUCUUCCAAUCCUACCCAUGCUGUUGUCCACUCACCUCCAUCAGCUCCUUCUCUUCCUCUCAACGCCCGAAUUUUUGUGGAGCACGUGCAUAGUCCUCUUCAAAUGACUAAGAAUGUAAAAACGACUUUUCGAUGGUCUGUGCCUGCAUUUCCAAAUGGUGAAAUUACAUCCUACCGAUUAUUCUACUAUUAUGCAUUGAAUCAAAGUGAUUGCAAAAUGAAUCAUGAAGUGUCCAUGGACGUUCUCGAAUACUCCACUUUUGAAAUACCAUUCAAUGCAACCGUUCACUUUCAAGUAAGUGCAUGUAACAAGGGAGGCUGCAGUGACUUUACUUUGGAUGUAUCCACCAACACAUCUCAGCUUACGCCUCUCCCAAAACUUCUAUUUUUCUCCUCUGAGGCCCUGAUGUGUUUGGACUUUGAUAAUCACACUAGCAUUACUCAUUUCUCGACGCCCAGCCCAGCAAUUGACUUUGCUGCAAACUUUUUUGAGAACCAAGUCUUCUGGAUUGAUAACAACAAAAUAAUGUGGAGUGCACCUCUUAAUGCAGCGCAGAAAAUAAAAUUAACAAUACUGAAUGGCACUGGGCAAGCAUUAGCAGUUGAUUGGGUUGGUCGCAUUAUUUUUUGGUCUGAAAGCGAUACAAAAAUGUCCCAUGUUUAUGCUUUAAAUUUAAACAAUGGAGCUGUCUCAUCAUUAUUCAGUCGCCAGUCCUCUAUUAUAUGCCUUCAAGUUGCUCCACUUCAAAGCCUCAUCCUAUGGAUUGAAGAAAAUGAGGAUAAAACUAACAGUCUAAUGUCCAGCAAAUUUAAUGGAUCAGAUAUCCAGCCUUUGUUUGAUUCACAGAAAUCUAGGAAAAGGAGGAACUCAUGUGAUUGUCCCACCGACAGCAUUAUCAGCCAGGUGUUAUCCAUAGAAUAUAACAAGAAUCUGGAAGCUCGGGUACUCUGGUACGAUGAAAAACAUAAGAAAAUUUGGUCUACAGAUGUGAGUGGUUGCCCAUGUGUUACUCUGAUCAGUUCUGUCAAGAAUGAGCCAAAUGAUUUGCCUUUAACGUCUCUAACUUCUGACAGUAAAUAUAUAUAUUGGUCAAGCUAUAACCGGCAGAUAAUUUAUUCAGCCAUGAAAAAUGAAACUGACGGUCUUCUAGUCAGCGAUUCACCUCUUUUCUCUUCUUUCUCAUCUGUUGAGAUCAGCAAAAUUCUAGCCGUAGGAUCCCACCUUCAACCUUAUCCUGAUGCUAAGUGUCUGGUGCCGAUGAAGCACUCUGUGGCUGUCUCUAUGCUGAACAAAACGGACCACUCAAUUACAUUAAAAAUACCUACAUUGGAUAAAGAUGACUCUUGUAGGUUCAUAUCAACGCCCAUUUAUCGUUUUGCAGUUUAUUAUGGUUCCGUCAGCAAUAACAGCACAUCUAGAUGUGCCAUCGACCUAAGUGAUUGCUGGAAAAUUAUGACCUAUGAACAUGUCAUUAAAAUUGAAGAUCUCAAAGCUUAUGAGCAAUACGUUUUUAGAGUAGCUGUUCAGAACUAUUUUUCUGAUUUGGGGUUGUCAGAUCUUUCCUUGGGCCCCCUAACAGUCCUUAGAACUGCUGUUGGAGCACCAGCACCACCGCAGAACUUAAGUGCUGUUCCAUUGAGUCCCAACCGAAUUCUCGUUGAAUGGAAUCAUUCAUCCAGGUUUAAGCUAAUUAAACCUGCUUUCCUCCUUUCGUGGACUGCUGAAGAGGAAAAUGGUGUUCGUCACAAUGGUGAAAUCACCGUGGUCUCGGAUUUUAAUUACCCACACAACAGGAUCAGUACAACUGUUUCGAAACUGCAUCCAAACCUGCAUUAUCAAAUUAAGGUCAGAACUUUCUAUGAGGAUGAUGGGCGGACAUAUUCGGAAACAGCCAUGGUCGGGGUGUCAACCUACCCUGAGCCGCACGAUCUUGUUCUGAACUCGGCCACCUCUCGUUCGCUAAAUAUUUCCUGGCUGGGUGAAAAAGAAUAUCCCUACUCGAAGUAUGUCUUAGAGUUUUGCGAGUCAGCAGUGAAUGUCUGGAAUCCUGUGGUGAAGCAAGGGAAGCAGCCAUUUUAUAUUUUGGGUGGCUUAUCCCCCAAAGUUCGAUACAGUUUUCGAUUGGCGAUAACUUUUUCAAAGUUUGUUCCUGUUUUCAUCUGGCCUUUAGAUAGUCGAUUUUCAUUUCUGACUCUAGGUGAUAAACCAAGUCCUCCUGGGGCGCCUUUUAUUCAAAGUUUGUUUGGUGCUGUGUACAAAAUAACAUGGGAAUCAUCAAAGGAGAACGGAGGUACAAUUGAGCUCUACAGAUUGGAAGGGAAAAAGAAAGAUCUGUCUGCACUACCUAUUAGUAAUUCACUGAGCGCAGACAAUUCUUCCGAGUUUGUCUCUAAUAACUGGACUCUUUACUACAAUGGAACAGAGAAUUAUUGGAUUGUCACGGAACUAUCACCGAACUGUCAGUAUCAGUUUCGAGUGUGCUCUAAAAACAUGUAUGGAUGGAGCAACUUCAGCGAAAUUAGUGAUUCAUACGAUUUGGAUGCCAAUCAUCAAUUGAUCAUCCAUGAUACAAAAUCUGGGUUACCUUUCUGGAUUUUUAUCCCACUUCUCUUCAUUUUCAUUCUUGUGCUCAUCUGCGUUCUCCAUCGUUUUUUCCGGCGAACGGGCAAGAAAAAGAAUAACAUUUUUGUAAAUGGGAAUGGAGUUUCCUGCAGAAGGGGCAGCGACGCAGAGCUAGCAACUUUACGAGAGUUACCACGACACCCAAACUUCAUCGAAAAUACCAACAUACUUUAUGCAACUUCCGACAAUUGCUUUUUUGAUGAUGAAGAGCAGCUGAAGUCUCUGCCGCACAUCAGACGGGAUCAAAUCACACUUACUAAAUUCUUGGGAAGCGGUGCGUUUGGGGAAGUUUUUGAAGGAGUUGCUAAAGACACAUUUUUCAAUGGCCCGACAGAUGAAACUAGAAAUUGUUUAGAAACCAGGGUAGCCAUCAAAACAUUAAGGAAGAGAGCAUCAGGCCAUGAAAAAACUGAAUUCAUCAAAGAGGCCUUACUAAUGAGCAACUUCAAACACCCUCAUAUUCUUCCUCUUCUUGGUGUCUGUUUGGAUAACGAUCCUGCCUUCAUAAUUUCGGAACUAAUGGAAGGGGGUGAUCUCCUUUGCUACCUGCGGCAAAAGAGACCUCUGACGACAACUGAAGUGGGGCUAACCUUAGACGAUCUAAUCACAAUGAGCUUGGAUGUUGUGAAAGGUUGUUGUUACCUAGAAGAAAUGCAUUUUGUCCAUCGGGAUCUAGCUUGUCGAAAUUGUCUAGUAUCAUCUCAUGACCCACUCCAGAGGAUUGUAAAAAUUGGCGAUUUUGGGCUAGCUAGGGAUAUCUACAAGAAUGAUUACUACCGCAAAGAAGGAGAAGGUUUAUUACCCGUGAGGUGGAUGGCGCCAGAAUCACUUGUGGAUGGUGUAUUUACCAGCCAGUCAGACGUUUGGUCUUUCGGAGUACUUGUCUGGGAAGUCCUUACCUUAGGCCAGCGACCAUAUCCAGCCAGAUCAAACUUAGAAGUGCUUAAUUUUGUUAGGAAUGGUGGCCGGCUGAGUAAACCAUGCAAUGCUACAGAACAGUUGUAUGAACUUAUGCAGCGUUGUUGGAGCUUUUCACCAUCAGAUCGACCAUCAUUCCGUUUCUGUCGAGAAACUUUGGAGUCCAUCAAGGAAACUUGUAGUAACACUCCUCUUGUCAUAGAAGUUAAUGAUUACAUAAGUUUGGAAAAAGAAGAUGAACCUAAUCGGCAAACAGACAGCCGAAUUUCCAAUUCAUCCGGAGAUGUCUCAGCAAGUCUUCCUGCCCUCACAGAUAGCCAAGGAUACUUGAAACUAAAUGAAGAGACCAACAAUGCUGAAUCUGACUCUUCCCAACACACAGGAGCCUGCGAACAAUCGCAAAGCUCAGCAUCCAUGCCUAAAGAAACGAUAGGUCCAGCGUUCGAAAAUAACAAUUUUCCAAUUAUAAAUCGCAAUCAGACCUAUGAUGUUAGCUAGUCUUGACCUAAUCUAUGCUCAAGUGGAUUAAAUGUGAGAAAAAACAGCCUGUCUCUAGAGCUAUAAUGGAAGUUAAGAAGCAGGCGUGUGUCAAUUAGAAAAUUAUGUUUCUAAGUAAAGUUUUUUAAGUAUGUCAGGUGAUAAUCCUAGUAACAACUCUAUCGUUUGACUUUUAAGAGAAAUUUUUGAUCCAGAUCAUCAGGAAAGAAUACAACAUAACUGUAUAUAGGAAAUUUAAUGUAAUGCAUUACAAUUAGUAGAGAUUUGACUUCUAACUGUUGUUGUGAUAAUCCGAGUAGCAACUCCAUGGUCUGACUUAAGAGAAAUUUUUGAUGCAGAUUAUCAGGAAAGAUUACAACCACAGCUGUAAAUAGGAAAUUUAGUGUAAUGCAUUACAAUUAGUGCCAGAUAGAGAUUUGACUUCUAACUGUUAUUGCGAUGGAGUAUGAGACAAUCAGCUCUAGGAUUCACCGUGUCUCCCAUCUAAUAGGGGAACAAUUGACUGCUUGAGAGAGUGCUUGUUUCACAGAAAAAUAGAAUUUGAUGCGGCUAAUCGCAGCGCUAAUACAUCAAAUCUUUAAGGUUUAUAUUACCAAGGUGUAUGUUUAUGAGGCUAAGAUAUCAUGAUAGGAAGGGAAGUACUUAAAACUAUUAGAUUUUGGUGAAACUAUGUGUCAGUGUUCCUCUCCACAAUUAGUGGCUAAUCUAAACUAAUCUUGAGUUUCGAAUUUAGAGGUCAAACAUUUUUGAACUUAUUGCAGAGGACUGUUGCAAAAAUGAAUUGAUGACAAGUGCUUUGUAUUGGUCAACAUAAUUAUUAAUUGUAUUCAUUAUGAAAUGAGAAGUAGCUUGCCCUCGGUUGCUCUGUUCGAUGUUUUAUUCCACCUUUGUCUCUUAGAAGCUGUUGUAUUGUUGCUCUUGCAGCUAAUACUUUUGUAAUUUGGGACCAUUGAGGACACUGCAUUGAUAAGGACAUAUAACUGGAAACCAUAUUUUGAGGAAAAAGCUAUGCCUUCGUUCUGGUGUGUUAUUGUUAUCACCCCAUCGAAUUCGUCAUGAAUUUAUUCGAUUUAUAAUGGAGUUCAACGAAUCUUUGCGCACUCGCACAUGAUACACACACCAUUGCACUGUGGGCCAGAGAGGCCCGUUUCGCGCGAAAAAUACCAUUUUUAAGAGUGUUCAGUUUUGUAUUGAUGAUGAGGAAUUCGCUUAAGUGCCUCUCUAAGGGAUGAGGAUUCAUCAUAAUUUCAUCGAAUAAUCGCCCGACAGCGAUGUAUUGGAGGGGGGAACUUGGAUACCUCUCACACUGCACGGACAAUAUAUAGAAGCGCGUCCUGAACUGCAACCGUGUAAGACCUUAACACGGCUCCGCGGUUGCACAGGAUGACAAUUUGUUCACUAGGACUUCUUCUCCUAAAAAAGAGCUUUCAUUUGAUGUAUGCACUUUUUCAAUUGCGCACUUUUCACUGUCCGUAAAGCUUGUUAGAAAACGUGCCUAAUAAAUCUUAAAAAUUCCAUCGAAAAAGC